AUAAAAAAGACUUUAUGAAGCUUCGGUGAGUGGAAAUCUCUCAUCUCUGAUUGAACUCAUUGAAGAAGACGAGCUCAUUCUCGAUAGAGUUAUGAUGAUCACUUCCUUUAAUGAGACUCCACUUCACAUAGCAGCGAUUCUUGGUCAUGUUGACUUUGCAAGAGAGAUUUUGAGACGCAAACCAGAACUUGCAACUGAAUUAGACUCGGAAAGGUACUCACCUCUUCACUUGGCUUCCGCAGAAGGGAAUCUUGAAAUGGUGAAAGAGCUGUUGAAGAUCAACUCAAAUGUUUGUUGUGUUGCUGAUUUUGAUGGGAGAACCCCUCUUCAUCUGGCAGCGAUCAAAGGCCGGAUAGAUGUCGUGAAAGAGUUGAUUCAGGCACGACCUGAGGUCAUUCAUGUCAGAGCUGAUAGAGGAGAAACCAUUCUACACUUGUGUGUGAAAUACAACCGUCUGGAGGCACUUAAACUAUUAUUGCUGGAAUCAGCAAGAAGUGACCAAGAGCAGCUACUCAAUUCUAAAGAUGAUGAUGGCAACACUGCUUUGCAUCUCGCUGCAGCUAAGAAACAGACAAAGGGCAUCAAGUUGUUGUUGGAUAAAAAUGGAAUAGAGGUAAAUGUAUUGAAUGGAAGUGGUGUUACAGCUUUGGAUAUCUUAGCACAAUCAUCAACACGAGACAUGAAAGACAUGGAUAUUGGAGAGUCUCUAAGGGCUGCCGGAGCAUUAAGAGCCAAAGAUAUAAUUAUAUUGUCUUCAACAAUGCCAGUAAAUAAUAAUUACAGUACUGGUGCGCCCAUAACAGGAAGUGGUAAUGCAUUAUUCAUCUCCUCCUCCCGGACCAAUAGUAGUAGUGAGAUGCAAUCUCCCGAUGAGAAAUAUAAGUGGUUAAAGAAGAUGAAAAAUUCAUUAAUGGUGGUGUCAACGGUUAUUGCUACCAUGUCUUUCCAAGCAGUACUGAGUCCUCCAGGUGGUAUUUGGCAAGAUGACCCUCUUAGCGUCGGCAGGACUGACUCGGAAAGUUACUCACCUCUUCACUUGGCUUCCGCAGAUGGGAAUCUUGAAAUGGUGAAAGAGCUGUUGAAGAUCAACUCAAACGUUUGUUGUAUUACUGACAGUGAUGGGAGAACCCCUCUUCAUCUUGCAGCGAUCAAAGGCCGGAUAGAUGUCAUGAAAGAGUUGAUUCAGGCACGACCUGAGGUCAUUCAUGUCAGAGCUGAUAGUGGAGAAACCAUUCUACACUUGUGUGUGAAAUACAACCGUUUGGAAUCACUGAAACUAUUAUUGUUGGAAUCAGCUACAAGUGACCAAGAGCAGCUACUCAAUUCUAAAGAUGAUGAUGACAACACUCCUUUGCAUCUCGCUGCAGCUAAGAAACAGACAAAGAAAAAUGGAAUCUACCGUUUGGAUGAACCAGUUUGUUUUUAUGUGCCAGUGAAACAGACCGGGUAA